AUGGGCGGCAUGGGUAAAACUACACUCGCCCAAGUUAUAUUUGAUCAACUCUCUUCUCAAUUCGAAGCUUGUUGCUUUGUUGCAAACGUGAGGGAAGAAUCGGAGAAGGGAUCAUUGAUUAACUUAAGAAAUAAGCUUCUUUCUGAAUUAUUAAGGGAAGAAAAUCUAAAUGUGGGAACCCCAUCUCUAGGACCAACUUUUGUCAAAGAGAGGCUCAAGCGUACGAAGGUUCUCAUUGUUCUCGACGAUGUUAACCAUGUCGAGCAAUUAAAUUCUUUUGUUGGGGACCGUGACCAAUUUAACCGUGAAAGCAGAAUCGUUGUAACAACUAGAGAUGCUAUGGUGCUUAGGGGCAUGGCAGUGGAUGGAAUGUAUGAGGUUAAGCAAUUACAUUUCAAUGAGUCUCUUCAACUAUUUAAUUCGAUAGUUUUUGAAGGAAACUCUCGGGAUAUGGAUUAUAUGGAGCUAUCGAAAAAUGUGGUAGAGCAUGCUGGAGGCCUUCCAUUGGCAAUUACAGUUUUGGGUAAACACUUUCGUUCCCUGAGCCAAGAAAUUUGGGAAAUGGCGUUAGAGAAACUAAAAAGUGUUCCUCAUAAUGAUAUUCACAAUGUGUUGAGAAUAAGCUAUGAUGGGCUGGAGAAAAUAGAGAAAGAUAUCUUUCUAGAUAUUGCAUGUUUCUUCAAAGGGAUGCGUAGACAUUUGGUGGAAAAGAUACUUAAUGGUUGCGAGUUUUUCGCAAGUAUAGGUGUGGAUAUUCUCAUUGAUAAGUCCCUCGUAACUAUUGAUCCUCGUUAUAAUAGGCUUCAAAUGCAUGAUCUAUUGCAAGAAAUGGGUAAAGAAAUUGUUUGUCAAGAAUCUAAAGAAGUUGGGAAGCGCAGUAGGCUAUGGAUUACUGAAGAGGCUUGUCAAGUCCUAGAGAACAAUGAAGGGACUGCAAAAGUUGAAGGAAUAUUCCUAGACUUGUCCAAAAUUGAUGAAGAGAUACACUUGGAACCUACAGCUUUCAGAAAGAUGUCUAAUUUGAGAUUGCCCAAAAUUUACAAUUCCUCUUCUGUCAAGAAAGGCAAAUUGGACCUUGAAGAUCUCCAGUAUCUUCCUCGUUCACUUAGGUAUCUCGAAUGGCAUGAAUAUCCUCUAAAAUAUUUACCAUCAAACUUUAAGCCAAAGAAUCUUGUUGACCUAAAAAUGCCCUACAGUCACCUUGAGCAACUUUGGGUUGGAGUCCAGGACCUUAACAAGUUAAGAGAAAUUGAUCUAAGGCACUCCAUUCACCUAACUCAAAUUCCAGAUCUGUCAAGUGUUCCAAAUCUUGAGAGAAUAAAUCUCGAGUAUUGCACAAAUUUGCUUCAAGUUCCUUUGAACACUCAGCAAAAUGUUAACAAGCUUAUUGAUGUGGAUCUAAGCCACUGCUACCAGCUUCAGAAUGUUCCAGAUAGUAUAUUUGCUGCUGCCUCUAUGACAACUCUUACUCUCAUAGGCUGUACUUGUCUCAACACUCUUCCAAUGACUAUAACCCGGAGCCUUGUGUCUUUAAAUUUAAGUUCAACUGGAAUAACGUCUUUGCCUUCAUCAAUUGUCUCUCUCAAUAAUCUUUCGAAAUUGUCUCUCAGAAACUGUACAAGACUUGCAAGUCUUCCAAGUUGCAUGAAUAAGCUGGAUUCUCUAGAGGAACUUGAAUUAGGCGGCUGCUCAAUUCUUGACAUGUUUCCAGAGCUUCCAUUGAAUAUAAUGAGGUUGGAUAUUGAAGGGACAGCAAUAAAGCAUGUGCCCUCAUCAUCAAUUGAGGAUCGAUUUUAUCUUUGGAGUAUUAAAAUGUCCAAUUGUAAAAGUCUUACGAGUUUACCAUCCAACAUUUUUAAGAUGAGGUCUCUUUGUGAUCUUAAUCUUAAUGGUUGCGCGAAUUUGAAGAGCCUUCCGGAAAUCUUACAGCCUGUGAAAAUUUCAAGACGGCUUUAUUUAAGCGGAACGGGGAUUAGAGAUAUGGCUAACCUUUUGCGUCUCGAUCUUUCUGAUUGUCCAAAACUUGAAUAUUUUCCAUUCUCAAGUGGUUUCCACCGUUGGAAUUUGGAAACUCUUGAUCUCAGUCGGUCUACUAUAAUAGCAAUCCCUACAAGCGUCGGAGAUCUUUCUAAGCUGAGAACGAUUUACUUAGAAAAUUGCAAGAAUCUUCGUUCUAUACCAGAGCUUCCAUUGGGUUUGCAAUUUCUUGAUAAAAGAGAAAGCACGUCGUUGGAGCUUCCAUUUGUGAUUGCUUGA